CUCAGGGACUCAUCAGACUCAUCUCUACCAGUCAAGCAUCGAGACCCUUUAGGAGUCGCCAAAGGAAGCAGCCACCAUGCCGAGAGGAUCCUACACAUCCAUGGCCUUUGCCACUGCCUUCAUCGUCCUGAGCAUCUCUGCCAUUGCCGGGUUGAUCACCAUGAUAAUUUUGUACACGAAUCAGAUCGCUACAAUGCACCCGACGCCACCUCCAACCUUAUCGUCCACCACUGAGGCACCACCACCCGUCAUGCGGCUGCCGAAGAAUCUCAUACCUGAGAGCUACGAGGUCCACAUCAAGCCUUACCUCUACCCCAAAAUCAUGGAGGAGGUGAAUGUCACCAGUCCCAACCAGACGAUGCUCUUCACAGGAAACUCUACUGUUCACUUUCACUGUGUCCAGAAGACUGGCAGCAUCUACCUCCACAGCAAGAACCUGGCAGUUUCUAGUCCGGUGGUGAAGAUAAAAAACUCUGAUCAGAAGGUAUCAGUGUUCAGAAUGAAACACCAUGAAGAUGGAAGCGACUUCCUGGAGAUCCAGUUGAAUAAUGCAUUGCAGGCAGGAUAUAACUACAGUUUGCGUCUGACUUUCGAGGGAGAAAUAUCUGAAAAUCUUGAAGGGCUGUAUGUAAGCACAUACAAUGAAGGUGUCCCAGCUUAUGAAGGUGAUACAAACUCAGAGAGGUUCCUUGCCACCACCGAUAUGGAGCCAACAAAUGCCAGGAAACUGUUUCCUUGUUUCGAUGAGCCAGAAAUGAAGGCAGUAUUUGAAGUGACCAUCACCCACAGGCAACAAAUGCACGUUCUAGGAAAUGCAGAAGAAGCAGAGUCAAAUAACGAGGGUUCUGAGUGGACACGCACUAGAUUUUAUCCAACACCAAGGAUGUCAACAUACUUGUUUGCCUUCACAGUUUCAAACUUCAGCUUCGUCGAGUUCAAACAUAAUCAUGUGACUUUUAGGAUAUAUGCUCGCCCUGAGGCCAUUACCGCUGGAUACACUAAUUAUGCAGCCAACAUCACCGGACAGAUUCUUGAGUUCUACGAGACGCGUUUUAAAAUUAAAUACGCUCUGAAUAAGCUAGAUCAAAUUGCACUGCCAGACUUAAAUCCUGCAGCAAUGGAAAACUGGGGAUUGGUCACAUACCAGGAAGGAGGACUGCUUUAUGAAGAGAAUGUGUCCUCACUGUUGCACAAGGAAGUGAUCGCCACUCUCAUUGCACAUGAACUGGCACACCAGUGGUUUGGAAAUCUAGUGACGAUGAAAUGGUGGAACCAAAUUUGGCUGAAUGAGGGUUUCGCCACCUACAUGUCAUAUUUUGCAGUGGACCGUGUUGAGCCCUCAUUUAAAAUAAAAGACACAUUUAUCUUGAGUGACCUCCAUACAGCGUUUGAAGAGGAUGCUUUGGCCUCAUCCCAUCCUCUCAGUGCUCCACAGGAAGACGUCCAGACGACUUAUGAGAUCAUUGAGAUGUUUGAUGCUAUAACCUACAGUAAGGGGGCAAUUGUGCUGAGAAUGCUGGCAGACGCAGUGGGUGAAGAGGUUUUCAACAAUGGGGUGAAAAUGUACCUCAAGGCCUUUGAAAAUGAAAACACUGACCAGAAUGACCUCUGGAAGUAUAUACAAACGGCUGUAGAUGAUGUUAAAGGUAACACUGACGUUGCCCCGAUGAUGGGCACCUGGACCAAUCAAGUUGGAUAUCCUGUCAUCACCAUCAACACUACCAAUGGAGAGAUCUACCAGAAGCGCUUCCUGUUCAAUGAUUCUGCUGUAUCUAGUCUUUGGUGGGUUGUCCCGAUCAGAGUCAUGUCAGAGCCUGAUCUUGUCUGGUUGAGAGACAACAAAACAGUUACGAAAGAUGAAGUAAAAUCUAAAAAUGGAAAGUGGAUCCUUGUAAACGUCAACUGCAAUGGAUAUUACAGAGUCAAUUACGACCCUGAGAACUGGGAACGCCUCCUGACUCAGCUGGAAACAGACACAGAUCCGAUCCCACCAAUAAACAGAGGGCAGCUUAUUGAUGAUGCAUUCAACUUAGCAAGGGCCAAACUAGUCAAUGUGACUCUGGCUCUUAAUUCAACCCGGUUCCUUCGUAAUGAGACUGCGUACCUUCCCUGGGAGUCUGCAGUUAGGAACCUGAAGUACUUCAUCCUCAUGUUUGACCGCUCCGAGAUAUAUGGACCUAUGCAGGCAUACCUCCAGCAGCAGGUUAAAGGCCUGUACAACUUCUUCAAGAACGACACUGACAAAUCAGAAGUCCCUUCUGACCACUCCUUACAGCACAGCCAGAUCACUGCCAUAGAGGUGGCCUGUUCCAAUGGUCUCCCAGAAUGUCAGGAGAUGGCUAAAAAGAUGUAUGCUGACUGGAUGGAAAGCAACAACACCAACAAGAUCCACCCCAACCUGCGGUCUGUAAUCUACUGCCAAGCUGUGGCUGAGGGUGGGAUGAAAGAGUGGGAGUUUGCCUGGGAGAAAUUUCAGAGCUCCAGCAAAACCUCAGAGAAAGACCAGCUCCGAGAAGCUCUGUCCUGCACAAGGAAGAUCUGGUUGCUCAACAGAUACCUGCAGUACACUUUGAACCCUGAGAAGAUACGGCUGAUGGAUGUUGCUUCCACUAUUAACUACAUAGCUAGGAACGUGGUGGGGCAGGAGCUGACUUGGAACUUUAUCAGAGCAAACUGGGACUACGUCAGUCAGGGGGAUGGAGCCAUGCUGAUUGAGGCCGUGACCAGAAGGUUCUCCACACAAUUUGAACUGGAGGAGUUGGAGCGUUUUGCGACAACCUAUGAAAUGGGUCCUGCUACCACGGCGGUGUACCAGGCCAUAGAGCAAACCCAAGUCAACAUCCAGUGGGUCAGCGAGAACAAAGAGACUAUACUGAAGUGGUUUGAAAGCGAAACUGCCUGAGUGAAAACCCACCAUCUUUGAUUUUUUCAGUCC